GCCGGCAUUAUCAGUAUACCUAUAUAUUUAUGUCACGAGACUGUAGGAAAUCCAUAUACAAUACAUACAUUACCGGUAGAGCUUCGUAGCCUUCCCAAGACGGGGGCAAGGUAACUCUCAGUCUCUCUCUUCCUCACUCCUCUACUCCACGAGUCUAACGUAUCGCCAUGGGUAUGAUCAGUGUCUAUUCUCGACAUUGAUUUUGGAUCUACAUAGUUUUGGUGGAUUAAAGCUCCGCUGGAUGCGGGUGUGGGGCAAAACCCCCGCCUUUUUUCAACCACCACCUCAUUCCUUGCUCCUGACACUUGUAUCGAUCGAUCAUCCUCGAAGAGAAAAAGCAAAAGAAAAUGUGGAAAUCCAACAGAACUCCCGUUCGUACGGAGGAUGCCCCUCCGCCUCCGUCCUUCCUCUCCCAAGCCGUCGUUGCCGGCAACGUGGUCUACUGCUCUGGACAAGUUGGCGUGAAUGCCAGCACGGGAAAGAUGGUGGACGGACCCAUACAGGAACGAACGAAACAAAUCCUCCGAAACCUGAGUGCCGUCCUCGCCGCGGGGGGAUCGAGCCUCCAGGAUGUGGUGAAGGUGAAUAUCUACUUGGCCGACAUGGGGGACUUUGGGGCGGUCAAUGAGGUGUAUGCCUCUGUCUUCCCGGAUCCUAAACCGGCCCGGACAUGUGUGGCGGUCAAGUCUUUGCCCUUGGGGACAGAUGUGGAGAUUGAGUGCACGGGGCUUGUGACUAAGAGGAAUUCUCGCUUGUAACUAGAAAGUAAGUAGUACCUGAAGUAGAUUUCGAACUUGAAUAGUAUUGUUUCUCUCUUUCCA